CAAGAUGGCUUCAAUGCGCUUUUUUUCUUAUUCAGCUCUCCAUUACAAAAAUUGCCAGGAUGUAAGUAGAGAAUUUGGCAUUCGCAAGCCAACAUUUUCAUCAAGAUCCAAAUCAAAUGUAGUCAAUGCAAAGUUUGUCGCUGAGGUUGAACCCGUCACUAGACGAUCAGCUAAUUAUAAGCCAUCAUUAUGGUCAUCGGAUGAAAUUCAAUCACUUUCCAGUGAAUACAUAGGAGAAUAUUACAAGGCAAGAGCAGACACUUUGAUGACGGCGGUGAAGAUGAUGAUGAUCAUACACAAAGUGGGAAGUCCAUUGAGUAGCCUAGAGUUGAUUGAUGAUUUGCAAAGACUCGGAAUAUCGUAUCAUUUUGAGGAUGAAAUAAGAGAUCUAUUGGAGAUGAUUUACCAGAAUUACUACAAAACUCCUGACAAGUGGAAUAGAAUGGAUUUGAAGCUUAAAGCCCUUGGAUUUCGACUACUGAGACAACAUGGCUAUCAGGUUCCUCAAGAGAUAUUUCGCAACUUCAAGGACACGACUCAAGAUCUUAAGCCACACUUACUUAAAGAUACGAUGGCAAUAUUGAAUUUGUACGAGGCUUCAUAUCAUUCGUUUGAGGAUGAAAGCAUAUUGGAUGAUGCUAGAGACUUCACAACAAAAUAUCUCAAAGAAAAUCAAGACAACAUUGAUGAUAGUAUAUCAUCAUUGGUAAGUCAUGCUUUGGAGCUUCCAUUGCACUGGAGAGUGCCAAGGGUAGAGUCAAAGUGGUUUAUCGAAUUAUACGAGAAAAAAACUGACAUGAAUCCCACGUUGAUCGAGCUUGCAAAAUUGGAUUUUAAUAUGGUCCAAGCUGUUCAUAUUGAAGAUCUAAAACACGCAUCAAGGUGGUGGAAAAGUACAAGGUGGGAUAAGAAGUUGACCUUUGCUCGUGACAGAUUGGUGGAGAGUUUUCUGUGGACUGUAGGUUACAGUUACCUACCUCAAUUUAGUCUUGGAAGGAGAAAUGUAACAAAGGUCAUUGCCAUGGUUACUGCUAUUGAUGAUAUCUAUGAUGUGUAUGGUACUCCAAAUGAACUUGAACAGUUUACAGAUGUUGUCAGCAGAUGGGAUGUCAAUGCAAUCCAGGAGUUCCCAGAUUAUAUGAAGAUAUGUUUCCUUGGAUUAUACAACACAAUAAACGAGAUCGCGUAUAACACAAUGACGCAUUCAGGAGUCCUCAUCCUUCCGUACCUAAAGAAAGCGUGGACAGAUUUAUGCAAGUCAUACCUUAUAGAAGCAAAGUGGUACUAUAGUGGACAUAUGCCAACACUCCAAGAGUACUUGGACAAUGCUUGUGUAUCAAUAGCAACUCCAUUAGUCAUGAUACAUAAUAAUUUCUCAACAUCAAUCAGUUCUACCGAAGAGAUCAUGCAAUUGUUUGAAGAAUCUGGGAAUAUAAUUCAUCAUGCAGCGCUAAUCUUCCGACUCGCUGAUGACUUGGGGACAUCCUCGGAUGAAAUGGAAAGAGGGGAUAUUCCAAAGUCGAUCCAGUGUUACAUGUAUGAGAAUGGUGCUACCGAAGACGAAGCUAGAAAGUAUAUCAAAAAUUUAAUCAUGGAAACAUGGAAGAAACUUAACAAAGAACGAUCUAGUGCUAAAUCUCAGCUUCUACGGGGGUUUAUUGACUAUGCAAUGGCGAAUGUUAGGAUGGCACAGUUCAUGUAUGGUAAAGGAGACGGACAUGGUCAUCCAAAUGUGAUUAAACCGCAUGUAUUAUCAUUGUUGUUUAAUCCUCUCCAAGGGAUUUAAUUGUCAUAGAGAUCACAUGUAUUUUCGUUGUAUAAAAUAAAUAAGAUUUAGUUGAAUUAAUGGAUUU